AUGACCAAAUACAACAAUUGCACCAGUUUUCUCUUCAACUCUAAUUCAGGACUCUGCACGCCCGGUGCCUACAUCAACGAGAAGCAGCCGCUCCCGAGCUCUGAGGAGGGGGAUUUCUUUCAGAGCUUCUAUUGCGACACCUCUAAAGGCUUCAGUGUAAAAGCUUACCUAAACACGACAGCCUGCCUGGUGGUGUUGGCAAAGAAGACAUAUGCGGCAGCAGACAAUGACUGCCAGAGCAGGGGCGCCUAUCUGAUGUCGGUAAAAACAGUAGAGCAGUUAAAUUUCUUCGUAAACCUGACAGGAAGCCGCUCAGCAUGGAUAGGAUGUGACGAUAUCAAUCAGGAAGGAAAGUUUGUAUGGAAAGAUAACGGGCAGAUGAUGACCAACUCGGAACGCGUCAAUUUGUUUGCAGUAGGAGAACCAAAUGAUGUGGGUGGAGAUGAGGACUGUGUCAUUUUCUAUACAGGGAACCGUGGGAUAUUGGAUACUCAGUGUACUGGGAGACAUGUCUAUGUCUGUGAGAUGCCGUAUCGCUGA